CAAUGUCGAGAAGGUUUGAGGGUUGACGUUUCGCUGGUUGGCAGUUGAUAGUUUCUGAUUUCGUCUAUGUAAACGGAUUUGUCUUCAGCGAUACUUGUUUAAUAAUCGUGAGGUGUCUGAAGUUGUCAUGUGUGGUUAAUAAUAUUGUUCCUUCCUAGUGUUGUAAUUGAAUCGUUUUUGUUGGCAGAAAGGUUAGUUUUCAUGCUUUGUAAACCGCUGUUAGGUUGUAUUUAAUAUUGCGAUUGAUACAGUUGACGUAGGAUGCAAUAUCAUCUGGUUACCAAGCCCUAAUUUCACAGGUUGAAAGCAUAAAUAUCGAUGUCUCAAAGACGAUAAAGUCUCGAUCACGUCCCGAAAAUAUGUCCAGUUGUUAUGUCGUACAUUUAGGUGGAUGACAGGCAAUUUAGAGAUGGACGGGAAUACAAAAGAAAAGGAAUUUAAUAACCACCCGAGUUCUAGCAAUGCUUCUGAAGCAUCAGAUUCCAUAGAGGUAGAUAACUCCAAGACAGUCCUAUUGAAAAUAGCAACUCUAUAUGCAGAGCGUCUUAUGAAUGAUAUUUGUCUGGUAGUGGAUGGAGUAGAAUAUCCCGCACAUCGUCUUAUACUAUGUGCUUCUAGCGAUGUUUUCCAGGUUAUGUUAAUGAGUCCUCAAUGGACCGAAUCUCAAGAAAGCAGGGUGAUGCUAAAAGAAACUCCACAGUGUGUACCCAUAUUUAGCGAAUUCCUGCGUUACUUCUAUACAGGUCAAAUAAGGAUCAGCUAUGGCGUGGUAUUACCGAUCCUGUCAUUAGCCGACAAGUACAAUGUUAAGGAUUUAAUAUCACUAUGCCUGGACUAUAUGCAAAGUCACAUCGCUGUAGCUGCAACACAUGGUACAUUAGUCUCAUGGCUCGAGUACACAUCUAAUUGUGGGCACCACGAUAUUACCAGAUCAUGCCAAAACUUUAUCAAAUGGAACUUGGAACUCGUCGCAAAAACCGCCGAUUUUGGAAAUUUUGAAUUGGACGUUCUUGUGGCAUUGGUCCACCAAAGUGGUCUGGUGGUAAAGGAUGAGAUGACCUUGUACGAAUGUCUAGAAUCCUGGUUGAAUCAUCAGGCGAAUCGACUGAAGUCUCGAUUGUCACCUUCGGAGCUCGAAGCAACCUUGGAACAGCUGGUAGUGGCAGUCAUGUCUCCGGUUAGAUUUCCCAUGAUGUCUCCUAGACAGUUGGCAGAGUUACUCCUCUCACCACUCACUAAGAAGUAUAAAGAGUUCUUUGUGGAACGAAUGGCUAUAGGGAUGUCGUUUCACUCGGGUCAACAGGAUCGGGUGCAAGAGGUGAUCAGAACCGAGGAAGACGGAGCUUCGCUGUUCGAGCCGAGGCUUUACACAGUGGACACUUGCAGCUCCUUGCUCACCAUCGAGAAUUUUCACAGUUUACCCUCCUAUCACACCAGGACGCUCGUCUUUUCGAGCCACUCCUAUUUGGCGGAUUAUGCAGGCGACCGGGCCUGUGAAUGGGUCGUUGAUAUAUACCCAAAGGGUGUUUGGUUCAAGAAAUGUUUCCUCAUCGUGUGGGAAGGUACCCUUGAGGUACCGGAGCACGUCAUACGUUCGGUCAGACUCUCCCUGACGUGCAAAGAACCACCCUCGGAUGGCCACGAAGACAUGAGAGUAAAGGUCGGCGUUUUAUUCUACGGACUCCAGGAUGGGGUCGAGCACAUCGCUAGAGUCAUCGAGGUCGUGCACAGGUUUAGCAACAGGGAGCGCAUUCUCAACUUAGACGGCCUUCUACCCUUCGAGGAACUAAAUCCGCAGCAGGCUGCUGUUUCCAAAGAUCACCAAGGACCUCCGGCGGCUUCGCCCUUCCUAGUUGGCCCCAAGAAAGAUAUGCUCAAGAUGCACAUCGUCAUCUCCCCGGCUAACUGUUCACCUUUGUAUUCAAGCAUCCCCUCCGAAUCGUCAUUUUGAUUUCUAGAUUAUCCCGCCUAAGAAAUAAGAGAUGGCCACGAUCAAAGGACCGAACACGUGAUAGGCAAUGAGAGAUGUUUUCCGCGAUAUGAAGCGAUACAUCGUCGAACGAGGAACACCUUGGAGGACUGCUGUUACCGGUUGCCAAAAAAAGGUCAUCUCUCACAGUUAAUUGCCUUGUAACAGGAUUUUUAAGCAGGGUUCACAUUUUGUACGAGCAAGCUCCUAACUCUUCCGUUUGGUAAAAGUAAAUCGAGGGAAUUUAACAAGCCUCCUGAAAGAUGUUACAAUCAAACUGGAAUCACUAGGAAAACUCAAUUCCGUUGAGUUGCUCUGCAUAUCUGAUUUUUCUUUUCCAUUGAAAUGUAAGUGAACUUUAAGUCGUCUUAUCAACUCGAAAGAAAUGUUUAUUUAAGUCACUUUCUGUUCACCGCGACCGUUAGUUUCCUGGACUGCUGGAAGAUGUUUUGGCCAAUCUGGAUUUCUCAUUUUUUUUUUUUAGUCUUGUCAGGAACAAGAUUUCUACUAUGCGAGUUUUCUUUAAUAGAAAUACGGUUCGCUCGAAACCGCCGGGAAUGUAAGCGUGACAAUUGUAAGACCACGUCAAUAUGAAAGUAAGAAGUGCGUUUGUCGAUUGAAUUUCGCCAUUGGCUAGUGUUAAAGUUUCGUGCAUUCUCGUGCACAAAUUACUUAACUACAUGAAGUCUCCUUCACCAUAAGCUAAGAACAAUGUUCGUCCGUCGUUGCACCUUACAUUCACCGAGUGGUCCAUUGCGUUUUAAUGUACUAUUGGAUAUACCCUUAUCUCUAAUCGUGUCAUCGGGAAGAUAAUGCGUCUAUGUUUAUCCGAUAUGACAGUCGUCUCGAUAAUAUAAGUAACUUCGUAGCUAGAACCGUCAAGGAAGAUAGAAAAGGAGUUUUUCAUAAAGAGAUAAAUUUUUGAUAGUUCCAUAUACCCGCGGUAAAGUGUCGCCAUUUGUGAUAAGUUAACCGACGAAGGCGAGGAAACGGAUGAUUCCGAGGAAUGAUCAAUUGGAUACGAUGACUGACGUCGAGCUCCGUUCCUUAAUCCGAGUAUAAGCGAUUGCGAUCGGUCAAGGAGCAAAUCGUCAUUCGCCGUGGAACAUAACGCGACGUCAAUCGGACCGCUUAAUCUCCGAUCGAGGAACCAAGCGUAUGAAGUACAAUAAACGAGCAUGCUGCGUGA